AUGGAAAACUCCAUACAAUGGGCCUGUAAGGCUUGCUUCCACCAGUUCCAAUGCCUCGCCACAAAGAAAAUCACUUUCCGCGCAGUUCCUGCCUCAUCCCGGUUCAAUGAUAUCGGGGUCCAACAAUUAAGCGAUUACGUCCACACCCAAGUCUUUCCGAGCACAGGCCGUGUCCCAAAUCCCGAACUUGUUGCACUCUCGAAAGACCACCUUGCCCGCCAUGAGCUUUUGGGCAAAUCGCAAACCGGCGCAAGCCCCAUCGCAUUCGAUCUUCCGGCCCUCAAGGGCACAACAUUGGACGAACAUUUCUACAAACUUGGAAUGGACUGCUCUGAGCCCUACCUCACCUACGCCAAAUCUUACGCAGCUCUCAGUUGUCCGCCCAAGCCACGCAAAUGGGUAAAACGCAGCGGAUGGACAAAAUACAAUAAAGAUGGAACGUCAGAGCCUGUUGAUGCCCCAAAUGAAUCGAUGCUUACAUUUGACACCGAAGUAAUGUACAAGCAAAACUCAUUUGCAGUCAUGGCCUGUGCAGUGAGUCCAACUGCAUGGUAUGCGUGGUUGUCGCCAUGGUUGCUUGGCGAAACGGAGAACGAAGUUCAAUUGAUUCCGCUGGGAGAUCCCUCCCAGCCUCGGAUUGUGGUCGGGCACAACAUUGGUUAUGACCGAGCCCGUAUCCUCGAGGAAUACGACAUGAAGCAGUCUCAGAAUUUCUUCCUCGACACAAUGUCUCUUCAUGUGGCGGUCAAUGGAAUGUGCUCGCAGCAGCGACCCACAUGGAUGCGACACAAGAAGAACCAGGACUUGAAGGAUAAAAUCGCAAGUGAACACGAGUCUGUUGAACUGGCGGCACUGCUCGAAAAUAACAUGCUGAGAGAGGAAGAGGAGGAGCUUUGGGUCGGUCGAAGUUCGGUCAAUUCCUUGCGGGAUGUCGCCAAGUUUCAUUGCGAUGUUACCAUUGAUAAGGCGCAAAGAGAUCUCUUCGGUGAGCUCGACCGCGAUGCCAUUAAUGGUCGACUGGAGGAGCUUCUUGACUAUUGCGCCGCUGAUGUUGCCAUAACACACCGCGUAUACCGCAAAGUCUUCCCCAACUACCUUGAAACCUGCCCGCACCCCGUUAGUUUCGGCGCCUUACGACACUUGUCGUCUGUCAUUUUGCCAGUCAACCAGACCUGGGAAGAGUACCUUGCUAGCGCAGAGGAGACAUAUCACACGCGACUUGAGGGUGUUCAACGGAAACUACAUGAGCUAUGCGAGGAGGCAUUGAAAUGUAAAGAUCACCCGGAAGCUCACAUGAAGGACCCUUGGCUGUGCCAGCUGGACUGGUCUGGUCAAGAGAUCAAAAUGGUGAAAGGGAAAAAGAAGAACGACCCCCCACGCCCAGCUGCCCGGCAGAAAAAACCCGGAAUGCCCAAAUGGUAUAAGGAUCUUUUCCCGACCAGCAAUGCAGAUAUCAACUUGACGGUGCGGACUCGCAUCGCUCCCGUUUUACUUAAGUUGUCGUGGGAUGGCUUUCCACUCGUGUGGUCGGACAAGCACGGAUGGACUUUUCGCGUACCUCGCGAACAGGUCAAGCAGUACGACAAUCAGCCCGUCGUGAAGUGUGAUAUGGCGGAAGAAAAGAUACUCCAGUUGCGGGAGGACAGACAGGCCACGUACUUCAAAAUCCCUCAUAAGGACGGCCCGCAAGCUAGGUGCACCAACCCCCUGGGCAAAGGAUACAUGCAGUAUUUCGAGCGUGGGAUAUUGUCCUCUCAGUACGAGCUUGCCAAGGAGGCGCUUGAGAUGAACGCCUCAUGCUCCUACUGGAUCAGCGCCCGAGAUCGCAUUAAGAGCCAGAUCGUGGUCUAUGAAGAUCAGGUGAACCAAACCAAGCACAAGGAAGAGGCGAAAGAAAACCGCAUCGGGUUCAUCUUGCCCCAAGUCAUUCCCAUGGGAACAAUCACCCGACGUGCAGUAGAAAACACUUGGCUCACGGCAAGCAAUGCCAAGGCGAACCGCGUUGGUUCGGAGCUGAAAGCCAUGAUCAAGGCACCACCCGGCUAUUCUUUUGUUGGCGCCGAUGUCGACUCCCAGGAAUUGUGGAUUGCAAGUCUUGUUGGAGAUGCUACCUUCCAAAUCCAUGGCGGCAACGCGAUUGGAUUUAUGUGUCUGGAAGGUUCCAAGGCGGAGGGAACUGACCUCCACUCACGCAGUGCUUCGAUUUUGGGUAUCUCGCGGAAUGAUGCCAAGGUAUUCAACUACGGUCGAAUCUACGGCGCUGGUGUGAAGUUCGCCGCUACCUUGCUUCGCCAAUUCAACCCGUCCUUGACUGAAAGACAAACCCAGGAGACUGCCCAGAACCUAUACAAGGAAACCAAGGGAACGCGUACCUCCCGUCGCUUGUUAAGUGAAACGCCUUUCUGGCGUGGUGGCACUGAAUCAUUUGUAUUCAACAAACUGGAAGAAUUUGCGGAUCAAGAGCGACCGAGAACGCCUGCUUUGGGCGCUGGAAUCACAGAAGCACUCAUGAGGCGUUUCAUCAACAAAGGCAGCUUUAUGACUUCUCGCAUCAAUUGGGCUAUUCAAUCGUCUGGAGUUGACUACCUCCACCUUCUGAUUGUUGGCAUGGACUACCUCAUCCGGCGAUUUGAACUCAAGGCCCGGCUGGCAAUCACCGUCCAUGACGAAAUCCGUUAUCUUGUCAAAGAUGAAGAUAGAUACCGCGCCGCGAUGGCCUUGCAGAUCGCCAACGUUUGGACUCGUGCUAUCUUCUCCCAGCAAGUUGGUAUCGAUGAUCUUCCGCAAUCUUGCGCGUACUUCUCAGCUGUCGAUAUCGACCAUGUGCUUCGCAAGGAAGUCGACAUGGACUGCAUUACCCCCUCUCAUCCUCAUAAAAUCCCGCAUGGCGAAACCCUUGAUAUCUCACAGCUUUUGGAGAAGAACCAAGAAGCAUACUUGGAUCCCUCCAUCAGCCCCAAGUCACCCCCGAACCCCGAAAAAUACAACUACACGCCAAGGGAGUCAGUAAUGUCCGGCCUGCAGGCUUCCAACGACGUUGAUUUCAUCAAAGCUCAAAUCACGAAAGAUGACAAGGAGCUCCGUGAAAUCAUCAAGGAGAAGACCCGAGCAGCCACUGACCCCAAAGCUCCCUCCUCUCGCUCCUCUCCCGCCAAAUCAGGCGCCAAGUCCACUCAAUGGUCCUCGGCGAAGCCCCAAAGAGCGGUCAUGAUGGAGAUGGAUUCAGGUCUCUCCCCUGACUUCCGCAGUUCCCCCAGGACCGGCACCACUUCUUAUGGGAGCAAGUCGCCCCAAAUGGGCUUCCACCGUCCUUCAUGGAAGCCGCGACCAACUGCUCGAGCCUAG